AUGCCGAAAACUGGAAUUGGAUUUAAAGAUAAGACGAUAAGACAAGCUUUUGUUCAGAAGGUUUUUACUUUGAUGACUAUCAUGAUAAGUGUUGUCACGGUUAUGUCAGCAAUUUCUUUAUUUUACCGUGAUGGCGAGAAAUAUCCACUUAGAGAUUAUCUGAAGAAAAGUUCGGGGCUUUAUUUCUUGUCAUUAUUAGUUUUUCUGGUUGUUUAUUUUGCUAUAAUUUGCUGUGAAAGUGCACGUCGAACUCAUCCGACAAACCUGAUUAGUACCGGAAUUUUAACUCAUUCAAUUGGAUUUCUUGUAUUACUUUCACAUUAUUAUCAUUUGAUAACAACUUUAUUAGGCUAUGGCCAUGACCUCUUACUAUUCCCUCGAUUCUGUUGUCCUAGCUUUCAUUGUUACAACACUCUGCUGUGGUGGAAUAGUCAUUUUCUCGCUGAUCACCAAACGUGA